AUGAGUCAGUCCAGGAAUACUUGGGGAAAUUUAGAGAAGCAAGGAUUAGAUGUACGGUCAACAUGCCUAAACAUGAGUUUGCAAAGUUGGCCCAAGGUGGAUUAUUGCUCGAUCUCAGGAAGAAAUCAACAUGAAGCUAUUCUAAAGGAGGAACAACAAAAGAAUCGGCAGACAUCUCGCCCAACCUUUUACAGAGAUCUGCCAAAACCUUCAACAUCUAGAACCACGGCUGUCCAUGUGGUGGAUGUUGAAGAUAUGGACUCGGAGGAAAGAGAUGAGGAAGUCUUUCUAGAGGAAGAAAAAGAAUUGGCUGGGAUAAACUUGGAAGAAAUAGUGGUGAGCGGACCACAAGUUUUCAAUUUAUCUAAGCUUUUGCAAUGA